AUGGUGGCCGCUCCAUCCCGCCCGUUUGAUUACCUGGAGGGUCUGCCUGGAACGGUCUUCUUGAAGCUCUACCAGCAACCUUCCACGGCGCUCGCCAUUUUCAGGCGCAUGUUACCUGACCUGGCAAAAUGUUUUGUCAUGGCGCUUCUUUACCUUAAAGAUCCUCUGCCAGCGGCAGAUCUAGAGGUCUGGGUCAGAUCAGAGAGCUUGAAAGAACGAGAUAAUGCGCUAUCGAUACUAGGGCGACUACAUAUUCUAUCAAAUACCGUGACGGCGAACAAUACCCGAGCCUACAUGGUCACAAAUCCAUUUGCCUCUUCCCUUCGACAGGCUCUCACUGGAGCCGAACAGACACAAUCAUUCGGCGUUCUUUCCCUAAACCCCGCUGAGGCGGCUGUUUCCAUUGCUGAUCUAGACGAGUAUGCGCGCCGACAGUGGGAAGGGGUUCUGGGAUACAUGGUUGGAACCAGCGGAUUGGGAAUCCAACGAGAUGUUAAUCUAAGCAAGGGUGUGAAGCAGCUUUUACAGGCUGGUCAUCUUGUUGAGAUAAGAGACCGUCGAGUCGAAAUUACCCAGGACGGGUUCGCGUUUGUUUUACAGGACGUCGGCACCCAAGUGUGGCAUAUUCUGAUACUCUAUGUUGAAAGCGCAGAAGCCAUUGGAAUGGAUAGUGUGGAGGUCCUGUCUUUCCUCUUCCUUCUAAGCAGCCUGGAGCUAGGGAAAUCAUAUGAGAAGGAACACCUAACGUCCAACCAACUUCGUACAUUAACCGAUCUAGCCGACUUCGGCAUUGUCUACCAGCGGUCCCCUGAAGCCAGCCGUUUCUAUCCCACCCGUCUUGCGACCACUCUUACCUCCGACUCUAGUGCUUUGAGUAACCCUAUUUCUGGCUCCCUCGCUGGGCCUGCAGGCACGGUCUCCAGUAAGGCAGGCAUUGGCUUCAUCAUCAUUGAAACAAACUACCGACUAUAUGCGUAUACCUCAUCGCCGCUGCAGAUCUCUCUCAUUGCGCUUUUCACCACACUCAAAUAUCGCUUCCCCAACCUGAUCACUGGGAAGAUCACCCGCCAGUCCGUUCGUCGGGCUAUUGAGAUGGGCAUCACUGCCGACCAAAUUAUUUCAUAUCUGUCCACCCAUGCUCACCCGCAGAUGCGCAAACAUAACGUGUCCCGAUCCAUGUCCAACCAGGCUGGUAUCCCCGUAUCCGUCCUGCCACCCACUGUUGUCGAUCAAAUCCGUCUUUGGCAACUGGAACGUGACCGUGUCAAAGCAACGCCUGGUUUUUUAUUCAAAGAUUUCGUUAAUCUGGCCGAGUACGAGGCUCCGUGCCGAUACGCCGAAGAGAUCGGGGUUCUUGUGUGGAAGUCCGAUCGAAAGCGCAUGUUCUUUGUUACCAGGCAUGAGCAAGUGGCAGCUUUCUUGAGGAGUAGGAAGUGA